AUGCAUAAUGGAGCUCAAUCCGUUUGGUGGUCGCCUUACGUGCGAGACUUUUAUUUCGUUCGAACUUGCAAGGCGGCACCAGCCUUCUCUCAACAGUCAACGAGACUCGCGUCCUACACGAGCAUCUCCAUCAACGUACCUCGAUACCUUCAAUACCUUCUCAACCGGGCUACUUCCCUCGGCGCCCGCAUCAUCCGCGCCUCUCUCCCGACCGAUGCCAGCAUCAGCGGAGCAGUUCUCGCUGCCGAGACCGUGGUCGCCAACGAGACGCCCAAUAGCGUGUCCAUUUUAGCAUUCAUCAACGCCACAGGCAUCGGCGCACUCAAGCUUGUCCCAGACGGAAAUGUCUUCCCCAUCCGCGGCCAGACGGUGCUGGUGAAGGGACUUGCGCCGCAGAUGCGAAGCUUCGAAGACGCCAAUCCCGCACCGCCAGCUAGGGCCUCAAUUUCUUACAUCAUACCACGGCCAGGGACGAACACGACUAUCCUCGGUGGCACUAAAGUGGCUGGGGACUGGCGCGCUGAGUCUGACGAGGAGAUUACGAAAGACAUCUUGAAGAGGUGCAGAGGGAUGGCCCCAGAGUUGUUGAAUGGUGAUGCAAGCAGAGAUGAGGGGUUUGAGGUCCUUGCUGUCAACGUGGGACUCAGGCCGGGCAGGAAGGGUGGGGCUAGAGUGGAGAUUGAGGAAGUGGAGACAGAGAGGGGAGUCAGGAUUGUGUGUCAUGAGUACGGGCAUGCGGGUGCUGGGUACCAGAAUUCCAUUGGGAGCGCAAAGAAGGUUAUCCGGCUGCUUGAGGAGUACUUCGAUAGGAGAUGUGCGAAGGCGGAGGACCCAAAACUGUAG